AUCCCGUCAAAGUCACACGUGUUCCAUUGCAUUAUAAUAAGAAACAUGGCUCUUAAAAUUCAAGGAGAAGCAAAAUUGGAUUCUGAUCCCUGUGUGGUGGCCUGGGACAAUGCCCUCUUCGUCGGCACUGAGGAUGGAUCUAUUAAAGUAUUUGAUGCAAAGUUAACACCUGGUGCAUCGUGGGCGGCGCAUAGCGUUCAACUGUUUGCUUUAGCCGCUGGCAAUGGCAAAGUGUACUCUUCAUCCAAUGAUGGAGGUAUUAGAGUAUGGACUCAAAAGGGCGAGAAGAUCAAAGAACUACCAAAAUCUGAAGGGUCUGAAGGGGACACUGGAAUUCUACAUGUGUUCGGUAAAGAACUGUACGCUGGAGAUGAAACUGGCAACGUGACUGUGUAUCAAGAUGAUGAGUUGAAAGCCCUGUACAACGUUCUGGAAGAGGUGAAAGAUCUUUGGUUAGAACCGCCUUUUUUGUUCACUGUACGAGACCUGGAUGUAACCGUUACUGAAAUUAAGCCAGAUGAAUCAAAAACGCGUUUUGUUACUCGACACACAAUGGAAGGGCGAGCUCCACUGAGAAUAACUGGCAAUCGUCUCCUGGUGAUGGCGAGAGGAGGCAAUGAUCUGCAACUACAUGAUGCUUCCAUUGACACUACGUUUAAAAAACUACAUGCAGUUAAGGCAAGCGAUAUGAUCGUGACGAGUCUGGCAGUGAGUGGGGACUUCGCCUGGACUGGCGGGUGGGACAGCAGCGUGCGGCGCUGGAAGAUAGAUGGGGACGUGCUUCAACCGGCAGGGGAACUCAACCUCGGCUCGUAUGUCAACGGGUUGGUCGCCACUGCCCCCGACAACGUCUACGCCAUCUUGACGGGAGGAAGAAUAGUCAACAUCACAGCUGCAUAGCUUCUUGUAUGCAUAAACUACUUCUAGAGGACUUGUGGAAAAAAGCCAUAGAAGGACCGCAUUUAUUAUGUCGUAAAUAAGCAGAUAAAGAUAAGAUUUACAUUGGGUAUUGUGA